AUGGACGCCCUCGUGGCCCAGUACUCGCAGCCCUCCCACAGCGCCCAAGACACCACCCUCGAUGACUCCCUCGCCCUCAGCAGCAAGAUCGCGCCACCGUUAUCACUCAACUUCGAGCUUCCGCCCAUCGACUCCCACUCAGCAUGGCUACGCGCAAUGACCGACGACCACAGCAACCCGCAAUGUCCCAUCAAGAUCGCGCACGGCACCACCACUCUCGCGUUCCGGUUCAAGGGCGGCAUCAUUGUGGCCACGGACUCGCGAGCGACGGCAGGGAAUUGGAUUGCGAGUCAGACCGUGAAGAAGGUGAUUGAGAUUAACAGCUGUUUGCUGGGGACGAUGGCUGGUGGUGCUGCGGACUGCCAAUACUGGCUCGCCUACCUAGGCAUGAUGUGCCGCCUCCACGAGCUCCGCCACAAACGCCGCAUCUCCGUCGCCGCCGCCUCCAAGAUCCUCGCCAACCUCGUCUACAGCUACAAGGGCAUGGGAUUGAGCAUGGGUACCAUGUGCGCCGGCGUCACGCCCACCGAAGGACCGGCGCUCUACUACGUGGACAAUGACGGUACCAGGCUGGCGGGCAAUAUGUUCUGUGUGGGCAGUGGACAGACGUUUGCAUACGGUGUGCUGGAUGCGGAGUACAAGUAUGAGAUGGAGGAGGAUGAGGCGCUGGAACUGGGUAAGAGGAGUAUUCUUGCGGCAACGCAUCGGGAUGCUUUCUCCGGUGGGUUCAUCAACCUGUACCACGUGAAGGAGGAGGGGUGGGUGAAGCACGGGUUCAUGGAUACGAAUCCCAUCUUCUGGAAGACGAAGCUGGAGAAGGGGGAGUUCUCGAACGUGACGUCGAAGCUGGAGUAG